GUGUUGAAGCCACUCAAGACUGCAGCACUAUAAAUAGUGCUCUAUUGUUAGUGGAUAAAAGAUGAAACAAGUCUCACAGCACUGGAACACAGGACGCUGUAUUAAAUGUUAAGCUCUGCCCGUUCUAAAAGUGAAAGGCAACAUCAACUGAUAGACUGGCCUGUGGGUAAGACACACGGCUGGAAGAGCUCAGUCUGACUCUGCAGCUUCCCGACACAGCAGGAGCAGCAGCUGAUCUUUCUGCCUCAGCAAUGGCAGAAGCUGUCAUAAGACACUGGGUGGAAACUCCUGCACGCUACCAGGAGCAGUUUGUUGACCAAGAGCUGGAAGCACACAAACUGAACCACCUUUUAUAUGCUUUGCCGGGCCCUUCCACCACUGCACUGAGCACCCAAAGGCGUGCCACAGAAAGCACGACUGGGGCCGGGAAGAGUGGCCAGGAGGAUGAAAACACACACUUUCGGGUCUUGCUGGACGUUGUGCAGUUCCGCCCUGAAGAUAUCAUUAUCCAGACUUUCGAAGGCUGGCUCCUGAUUAAAGCUCAGCACGGACCCAGGAUGGACGAACAUGGUUUCAUAUCCAGAAGCUUCACCAGACAAUACAAAUUACCUGACGGAGUGGAGAACAAAGACUUGUCUGCACUUUUCUGCCAUGAUGGCAUUUUGGUUGUUGAAAUGAAGAACUCAGUGGAAAAGAAUUAGAAUCAUGUCUAUAGUUAUCGGUGAGAUAAAAUCAUUCUUAAUGUAACAAUAUCAGUCAUGCAAUGCUGUAGGGUGUAAUAAGCAUGUAGCUGCAUUUAUUAAAGAAAAGUAAAUUCUUUGUAUAUAUGUUUCUGUAUUCUCAGUUUACUGUUUGAUGUGAAAUGUUAUACUGCUUGCCUCCAGCUACAGACAGGUUGAAAACCCAGGCUGUUUGAACAGUAGUAAACUUCAGCUAGUCUCAGCAGGAGAAAAAAAAAUCUAUUUGAUAACAUAUUGAAAAUAGAGCACAGUUUUGAGUCAAGUAGCAGGACUUGUAUUUCUAAGGAAUAAGCAUUUGUCAUACGUAGUCAUAAGCAUUAAAGAAGGAAUGGAAAAGUUGUGAAUCUAAUGGAAAUUUAUAUACCAAAAAUUCUGUUUUCUAAUUUUUGAUUAAAUUAUUCUCUCUGUAAAAGCAAAUGAACUGAAAGACACCAUCAAGAGAAAAAUUCCUAUUUCCAUAGUUCAAGCUUCUAUACAAAAAACUCUCAAGAAAUUACUGUUUACAAGUGUGUUGCAUGUUUCAGACUAUAGGAAAAAAGAAUUUAAUUGCUUGACUUUAUUUGCUUGAAAACACAAUAAAUAGAAAUCAUACUUUCUGUCAAAGUAAUUU